UGACAUAAAGUCUAUUUUCUUCAUCAUGAUAAUGUGUAGUCAACACAUGAACUUAUCAAUUAUAGCUUGUUCAAAUUUUAACUGCCUUGCUUUUCUGUCAAUUGCCCCUCGUCCAUUUAUUGCAUAAGCAUGCUAAACAUAUCUCCUCAAAUGACUUCGACUUUUUUAGAAACUCGGAUUAAUGCGUUCGAGGAACAGCUUCAACUUUACGGUUCAUGUAAACCUUGUAUAAUGCUACCAGUAAUUAAUGCUAUUUUCUCAUGGCAACAUGAUACCAUCCUACUACCACUAUUUAUAAGUCGUGCCCCAACUUAUUCCAUUGAGAUCGACUGUAUGAUUUAAACCAAAUGCCUAAUCUUAGAAUCAAUAUCCUACUAUUGCAAUUCUAACUUAGUCGUUGUAUAAUUAAAUCUGGAUAGCUCUUACUGAAAAUAAAUUAUGAAAAUAGUUCUUCCAUGUCAUUUGAUAUCGUUUUCAUAUACCAUUCUUUGUUUGCAUAUAUGGGAAAUUUCGAGUAUCCUGGAUAAGAAUGGUAACUGGAAGUCCAAUGUGACAGAAGAAAGGAAUGUUAUGAAAUUUGUACAUUACGAACUCAGCCGCUUUCAUCGGAACAAUAUUUUGACGCUAGAAAAGAAUUGCUUUGUGGGAAAUUGUAAUUUCAGAAGAGCUAAGCAAAUAAUUCGCGAUCCGAUCAAAUUUACGAAAUAUUGGAACUAUUUGAACUGUGUAAAAUAUGGCUACGCUUGUCCCAUAAACGGCCAUUGGGGUAAGUGGGGAAAGUUCGAGCCUUGCUCGGCACGAUGUGGAGAAGGCGUAAGAGUUCGUUGGCGAGAUUGCGACACUCCUUAUCCGAUGUAUGGAGGUUCAACAUGUUCGGGUGUCGACCACGAAUUGGCUCCGUGUGAGCAUAUUGAAGGGUGGAAUUGUGCUUUCAACCCCUCUUUACCUGGUGUCUGGAGUUUGUGGAGCGCUUGGUCGCAUUGCCUAGGCAGUAAAAAACAGCGUGGCAUCAAGAAACGUACCAGGCACUGCUUGCCAAACCUGGUAACAACUGCAUGCGAGGCUUACUCGAAACAACAGGUGACGUGUAGAAGACCGAUAUUGGAUGUGGAUGGCCAAUGGUCACUGUGGGAAAACUGGUCGACAUGUACAACACAAUUCAUGUGCGGUGACGGUGUUCAAAUACGACAACGAUCUUGUUCAAAUCCUCAUGUAUCGGGAGAGGGCGUGGAUUGUGUUGGAACCUCGGUACAAACAAAAACGUGUUCUGGUAUACCUUGCUCUCAGGAUAAUCCAGAACUCGCUCAUUUUCUGCCGGACAGUUAUGUUCGUUACAAAGCAAUACCUCAUUCUUAUUACCUCAAUGUCUUUCUAAGGUUUAUUCCAAAUUCUGACAACGGUUUACUCUUUCAGUACUCGACUGAAAGUUCUCUUCAGCAGGCAACGAAAAGUGGUAAUGUUAAGAUCAAAAAGAAAAAAAUUCAUAGUUUUGUGAACUUUCAAGAAAAGGAAGAUCAAAACAUUGAAGCAAAAGUUGAACAGGUAUACCAACCCGUCGAAAACGAAGAUUAUGUUUAUGCAAAUAUUAUUGCUGCCGAGAAAUUGGAAGUGCACGUAGUAAUCAAUGGAUCUGAAAAAAUUGUUAUACGCACGCAUGGUGUUAAAAACUCACAAUGGAAUGAUCUUCGAAUAUCAAUCAUAAGUGAUAUGGUUUGGAUACGAUUGAAUGACGGUGAAAAUAUACAAAGUAGAUUGGAAGAAUAUUUUUCCAAGGCUCCAGAGAUUUCAAACAUAACUCAUCCUAUCUCAGGGUUUGUGUCGCGCAUGGCAUACAAAGUUAAAAGUCAACUUAUGGAAUUUUUUACUCCUGAUCGUAGACAAAUAUUUGCUUCAUUUGAUGGAGAAGUUGGGCUUGGCGCUGUCCGAAAAGGCUACCAAGGGUUUCGUGGAUAUAUAUCUCACUUUGUAGUGAAUUAUCGUUCUUACAACCUAAAGAUACGUCCAGAGUCAGAAAUCAGUCAAGUCUGGGAUCCUUUUAGAGAUAAUCGAAUGUCUUACGGAUUUGGAGUACACAGUCAUCUAUCACUUUUAACGCAUUUUAACGGUAAGCAAUCCGUGGAACUUCCUCUUUUGGUUUCAUGGAUGGGAACAAAGUCGUCUCGGAUCCUGGGAAGGCAAUCAGGAGAAGUCGCAACCUUUGAAAUUGUUCUAAAGCCAGAAUGCGAAGACGGACUGUUUCUUUUUAUUCAAGGUUCCAAUAAUCGAAUGACGCAUUGGAAAUUAUCCGUAGUAGAGGGCAGGAGCGUUCGUCUCACAAUGUCAUAUGGAGGCGAGAUUACACUACUAAAAAGUGGACGAGACCUCCUGACAAACAGUUGGAACAAGGUUACGUUGCAGCUGGUGUAUUCUGGCUUUGCGCAUCUUGAGGUAAAUAAAAAGUCAUACUAUACAAAUGUACCUACGGCUACCAGUGAACAUGUUCCUAUUCCGACUUUACAUAUUGGAGGAUAUGGAAAACCUAUUGAGCAUACGCAUGAAUUACUUGGAGAAAACCCAAGCACCGAAUUUUUGAAAGAAUUCAAAUCGUUUGUUGGUUACAUCUAUAGCGUCAGGCAAAAUGACUUUAUUCAUUUAAUUGAAGAUAUUCCGAACCUAAACACCUUUAACAUGCUCUCAUCAUUUUUUAUGUCAAAUCCAGCGGGCAUUGGCACGGUGUUUUUCCUUCCGUCCAGCUCUGAAAAAAGUACUAGUGAAAAAAAUGCACAAGACGAUCUUUUAUCUUGGGAAGAACAUUCUGAAAAACGAUCCAUAACGUGCAAAGCACCAGUUCCUGAUAACGUGAGGCAAAGAGGAAACAUAACUUGGUACAGGAAUGGCCAGCGCAUAAAAGAUUCCCCUUUUCAUUUGACGCGCACUUACGUGGGCGAACGGUCGCAGGAUUCUUACGUGUAUUUUGGAAAAUCUCUUGACAGUAGCCAUGAUCAGUCGGGAUUCUACCAAUGCGUCAUGUCAUACUUUGGAAAAAGUUAUUUAAUUAUGUCUUAUGUCAUAGCUGUGAUACCCGAGGACGUUUCUCAUUAUGGCGCGGGAGGCUUGGGGUCAAUUUUGCGCGGAUAUUCUUUAGAAACUUCAAUUCUGAUCCUGGCUGGUAUUGGAAUAGGUACCAUAAUAGUUCUCUUGAUUUUGUUAUCUUGUUUUAGAACUAUUUUCGGUAAACUUUCUAAAUGGAGAAAAACCAAUAGCACUCAGGAAAGUAUUCCUCUGAUGGAAACGAAUGUAACACAGAUACCACGAACAAAAACACAAUCCUAUAGUGAUUAUUCUAGUGAAGACGAUUCCUCUAAUCAUCUUCAAGUAACAAAACAGAAAUCGACCUUUGGCAAAAUUACUACAGCAGCAAUGCAAGCUAACAAACUGAAAAAGAAGAUAUUGUCUCGCAGAGAAGAUAAGUACUCGAGCGACGUUUCUUCCGACGAGAGCUACUCGCCUCGCCCUUCCUUUACAAAACUCGUCGGCACCGCUAUGAAGGUAAAUCAGGCUCAUAAAAAACUGUCGACCCGCACAAGAGAAGAGGAAAGCAAGCCUUUGAUAGAAGAAAGUAGUUCGUCGAAUGAAACUACUGUAUUCAGAAUGGGAAGUGAAGUUAAAGUGAGAAAGAAGAAGCGGAGAACUGAAUUCAAAAAUAAGCUACAAGGCAGAGAAUGAUGAAAUAUAAUGAAUACCCAACUUUGUUUUAAAGUAUUCAUUUAUGCGGUAAAAGUUUGGAUCAAUUAAUAUUUAUGACAACAGCAACACUUUGUGUUUACCCUUUUUAUAUCGACAUUUUUUGAUAAAUUAGUAUUGUAUGGUCGAGAUAGAUAAUAACAUAUUCAAUUUUCUCUCAGUUAUUUUUUGUUGAUGUAUUAUUCAAUUAUGUUUGCUGAUUCCAGCUAACUUGUGCCGUGAAAUAAUGUUAGUUUACCCCAGAACAAACUUGGCGCAGCAAGCGAUAUCAUUAAUCGACACUCUCAUCAAUAUGCAAUUGACGUAAUAAGGACAACCACGUAAUA